CGCCGACGUCGACGCACGCCUCUCGUUUUUCGCGCGCUUCUCGCAGUUCUCGGUAAAUGCGCAAAAAAGCCAGCAACAAAUUCAAAUCAAAUCGCAACGCAACGCAUGGUGAAUACAUGCCGUGUAUUUUAUAAAUAGAUCAGCACAGGCCAUAUAAAGCGUAUUUCAAACGAAUCAAGAAAAAUAAAAAGUGAUUAGUUGAUAAGGGAUAUUGUUUUUUGAAAGAAUUUGCCGCGCGCGCAAAUUAGUUUCGAAUAUCGCGUAUACGCACGGUCGGCAAAUAGUAAUACAAAUCAAAUUGAGCAAACCAAUAAAACAAGGGAACACAAAUCCAAAAACGGGCAUAUCAAAAAACCAAUAAACAUUUCCUAGUAUUUACAACGAACCAAGGGAAUACCCAAUAUAUGGAUUUAUAUAGCACAUUUACAGCAAUCAAGGAUACAGAGGAAUUGGAAGGAUAGCCGCAAGGAUGCCAGCCAGCGGGUUGCAAUCUCCACCAGGUCGACAGGCUAACGGCAUAUCAGGAUAAGGACUUGGCGACUUGGACAUGGCUCCUCUAUUUGUCUAGUGGGCAAAUACCAGCGAACCGGGAACCAGGCCACACACCCACUCAUACACACACCCACACUCACACACACAUACACACACUUUCGGACAAACAAGGACGUUUGUCAUUGUGUGCGUCAAGGACGCUGACACACGUACAUGCUUACAAAGCAUUCAUAGUCGCAGUCGCAGUUGUUGUUGUAGUUGUGCCAUACAAACAAACCAGUGUCGCAAAGUGGGCGUGCCAGGUGGGCGGCCUCUGAUUAAAUAUACAUCAGUCAAGCGCAAGGAUCCCAAUUUUCAGCAAUUGUCCCAUGUAAAAGGACACCAAGGGACAAGGAAAAGCGCAAAGCAGGAUACCAACUUAUAAGCAGAAAAAUGGCGCGACGCAAGGGCAGCGGUCGAGGCAAAUCUACUGUGAAUUCACGCAAGAGUGCUUUGGAAACGGCACGUGAAAAACUUAAAGAUGAGCCCGCUGCAAAUACGUCACAGGGUAAUAAAUUCGAUAAUAAUAUGGAAAAUGCAACAACCACAACGGCCAAGCAUUACAAAACCGCAGGCAAACAGUACAAGACCAAUAAAGUGAACAAUACGCGACGUGCCACAGCAGCAGCAGCAGCAGCGGCGGCAGCAGCAGCAACAGCAACAGCAGCAACCACAACAGCAGCAACAACAUCAACAACCAAGAAGCAGACAUAUCGGGAAACUGCAACUGCAACCACAGUCACUCAGCGAGCAACAAACAAAGCUAACAGAGCAGCAGCAGCAACAGCAGCAGCAGCAGCAGCCGAUGCAACAGAAGCAACAUCAGCAACAGCAACACCAGCAGUUGCAACAUUAACAACCUCCAAAGCAGCAGCAGCAGCAGUAGCAGCAACCACAGAUGUUGCUGGUGGCAAUAGCAAUAGCAACACCAACAGCAACAGCAAACCCAGUACAAGUACACGAGAUAAACUAAGCGAGUUGUCGACUGCUGACAACAGCAACCACAUCGUCAGCAACAACAACAACAACAAUAACAACAACAAUAAUAAUAAUAAAACAAAUAACAACAACAACAACAACAACAACCACCACAGUGAUAAUAGUAUUAGUGAGAAUAAUUAUGAAUUUAAGUGUAGAGAUAAAGCAAGUCUAAGUGAUAGCAAAAUGACGCUACAACAGAUGGCAGCAGUCAGCAGCAACCAGGAGCCAGUGGCUCCAGCCAAUGUGGUUAAUACGAUGAGCAACAUUAGCAGCCAAGCCAGCGUAAAUGCCACACCCACACCCGCCACCGCCAACGCCACCGCCAACGCCACCGAUGAGGCUCCGCUGGGGGAUUGGUCAAAUAUUUCACGCUAUCUGCACAAGAAGUUCAAACGUUUGGCCAGCACCACCGAAGUGGAGAGCAGCCACUCGACAACGAACGGUAGCUGUGGUGCACAUGAUGCCAUCCGCACCACAUCGCUGUCCUCGAACAGUUCGCUAUCACCACCACCGCCGCCGAUGAUGAUGCCGCUGGCCAAUGGUCACCACCAUCUGAUGACCCAGCAACAGCAAGUGCAGCAGCAGCAGCAGCAGCAGCAGCAGCAGCAGCAACAUCAGCCGCAACCGCUGCCAGCAAUAGCAAAUGCAACAGCAACACAUGAAUUCAGUGCCAAUUUUGUAAAUAGCAAUCAUGUCAAUGCCAUUGGUCAUGAGGAGAGCAUCAUCAGCAAUAGUGGCUACAAGGCAGCGGCCAGAACGCGAACGCCACUCAGUAAUAGCAAUAGCAACGGCAACACGACCAGCAACAGCAACAGCAACAGCAUUAGCAACUAUGCAGCAAAUGCAACACUGUCACCGGCAACAUUUGCCCAGCAUCAGCAAAUGACACAGCCAACAACAACGGGGAGUCCAGGAGUGGCAGCAGUAGCGAAUCCUGCAGGCGAAAAGUCCGGACGCUAUGUCUGCCCAUACUGCAAUCUGCUGUGUGCCAAGCCCUCGGUGCUGGAGAAGCACAUACGUGCGCACACCAACGAGCGACCCUAUCCAUGCGACACCUGCGGCAUUGCGUUCAAGACAAAGAGCAAUUUGUACAAACAUCGCCGCUCCAGAUCGCAUGUAGCCCGAGUUCGGGGUUUGGAGGUGCCAGCGGAUGCAGAUGAUGGACUAUCCGAUCAGGACGCCGAACUGAGCAACAGUAGUUCGGAGUUGCCAAGUCGCGCUGGUUCGCCUUACGAUGAGCCCAUGAGUUCGCCCACACCCUCACCAUCCACGCUGUCGGCGGCCAAGAGUGCCUACUUGCAACAGCCGCCGCUGCCGCAGCACUUGCAACAAUUGCCGCUGGGCUCACCGGCUGCCGGUACUUUGCCACCCACCACCGCGGAUAAUCUGCACUCGGCCACUGCCCAGCAUCGCCCGUCGAUUGACUACAAGCCAUACAAGCCCAAGUUCCACAAUGCCUCGCUCUAUGCACCGGGUAGCAGCAAGGAGCAGCAGCAGCAGCUUCAGCUUCAGCAACAGCAACAGUUGCAGCUUCAACAGCAGCAACAGCAACAGCAGCAACAGCAACAGCAGCAGCAUCAAAUGGUCCAGCAGAAGCUAUCCAUUCAACUGCCAUUGGUGCAACAGCCAUCGCUGGCGCAUCCCACACUUUCGCCCAGCACGCAGAUGAAGAUGAAGCACCACAUCAACUCGCAUCAGAUCCAGUUGCAGAUGCAGCAGCAGCAAUCCCUGCUUGCGCAGCAAUCGCUGCUGGCCGCCAUGCCAGUGCCACCCGGAUCGGUUUAUUACCUGGGAGGGCAGCCGCCUUAUUACAACCAAGAUGCUGCCGCUGCGGCCAUUCACCAGCAAGCCUUGGUUAUUCAGCAAUUUCAUCUGCAACAAAUCCACCUGGCGCAGCAGCAGCAGCAACAGCAGCAGCAACAUCAGCAGCAGCAGCAACACUCACCUUUGGUGAAGGCGCCACCUUCCAUGCAACAGCCUACAAAUCUGCCGCCUCAACAGCUGGUGCGAGCCAACAGCCAGGUUUCCAGUGUAGCAAGUGCAGCACCUGCCACUCCCACACCCAAUGCAAAUCUCAGCAGUUUUGCCAGCUCCAGUGGCGGCAUGCAAGUGAAUGUGGCCAAAGUGCAGGAGCACAUAUCCAAGUUGAUCUCUCAGAAUGAAGCCAUUGUGGAGAACAAGGAGAUACUGCUGCAAAAGAAAUACCCCAAGCAGCUCAGUCGUUCCCGCAGCUUCAACAAUGCCAACAGCAACAGUGCAACGCAACACGGCAGCAGCAACACGGCGGCAAUGCAUGCAAACAACAGUCAUACUACCAAUGCACAGAUGCCAGAGCGCGAGACUAAAGUGAAUUUGGCACAGGCUAUAGUCCAGAAGCAGCAGCAACAACAGCAGCAACAACAGCAACUCCAGCAGCAACAGCAGCAGUUAAUGCAGCAGCAACAACUCGAGCAGCAGAACUACUAUACGUACAUGCAACAGCAGCAGGAGAGUCAGCAGCAGCAGCAGCAGCAGCAGCAACAACAGCAACUGGAACCACCAAAUGGCCUGGCUAAAAGGAACACUUAUAAGCCAGCAACAGUAGCAACAACGCCUGUGAAACAGCAGCAACAACUGCCGCCCCCGCCCUCUCCGCUGCCCAUGCAAACGAUGCAAUACCGCCAGGAUCCCGCUACGCCAGUGCCUAAAGUGGAGCAACCCGCGGCCGCAGUUCAUGUGAUGCCAUUGAACCUGUCAGCGAAGCCGAAACCCACUUUGGUCACAGUGCCUGUGAGUUCUCUGCCCAUCAGCUCUGUGGCAUCGACACCGGCGACCUCAGUGAAUCCAUCGAGCAGCGCCAAAACUGCCGCACCUCCGGCCCAGGUGAACAACUCGAUCAUCAAGAAUCUACUGCUUAAUGCUCGAGGAUUGGCGGUGCCAAUUGGCGAGGGCGAUGAUGCCGUCUACUCGUGCCCCAUCUGUGCCAACGAGUUCCGCAGUGCGGACGAACUGAAGCUGCACAACAGCACCUACUGCCAGGAUGCCAGCUCCAGUGCGCCCAUGAGUCCCGCUUCGUCGCCCUUCCGCUCCAAUUCGAUCUCGCUCAGUCUGCCGGAGCUGAAGAGUCACAUGGCCAACUCGAAGAAUCCACUGUCACUGGCCAAGCUGGCGUGGUCGCAGUUGAAGACCAAGAGGAGCACUCUGGUAUUGAGUCGUCUCAGUGCAGCACAAACGCCGGCAAGGACAUCUACGGUAACAGUUCCCUCGGCAACUGUUUCAGCAACUGCAUCGGCUAAUGCUCCUGCUACUGCUACUGCUCCUGCUCCUCAGAUUGAAGCACUGCGCUUUGUGGAUGCACCACUGCCGUCGCCAGGUCCUCUGCUGGGCAAAACUCCCCUGGUCGAUUAUUCGCGACAGAGUGCACCGCGCAAGCCGCAGGAUGCGGUGGUCAUAACCAAAAUGCACGAGGAUCGACAGUUUGCCUUGCGCGACAUUGAGGCUCAGCCGGCAAAGCGUGUGAAGACCAGCGAUCAGGUUGUAGCCGCCUCCGCCUCCGUCACGUCAAACUUCAAUUUCUCCUUCAACAACAAUGGUGUGUCCGAGUUGCAGUCCAGCAAGGAGGAGCGCCUUCGCCGGUUCACUUCGUCGGGCGGCAGCAUGAUACCCAUUUCGGAGUGCCCGGACAUGGACAACAGUCCCAAGAUGAUACGAACGCCGUUGCUGUCCGGCGGCAGCUUCCAGGAUGUCUCCGUGAAGGCCAACAACAACAACAACAACAGCGAGGCAGGACCUUCGAGCAAGGAACGCAAGCUGAUGGCACUGGUCAGUGGCAGUGGACUGCUCGGCGUAAGCACUGGCCCCCAGCACUUUCAGUUUCCGCCCAUCAACUCGAUAACUGCCUUCAAUCCGCUGACCUUGCCACCCAUGAGCGGUGGCGGUGAUAAAAAUGCCACGCCCGUCACGCCAAUACCUCAUGUGCCUGGAAUGCCGGGGCCAGGAAGUUUGACGCCACAAAUGCCACUGUUGCCGCCGCCGCCACAGCAAUUGCAGUUGCCCAUGCCGGCGAGUCGAGGACGUAGUCCGAAUCGCAAGCAACCCAGUCCACUUUUGCUGGGCGGAGCUGCAGCUGGAGUGGGCGAACUGAAGGCCCUGUCGCCAUUUGGUGGGGUUCAGAAUCUGCCCAGCGAGUUCAGCCGGCAGCCACCAACGCCUGCCCAGCGACAGGCGCUGCAAUGGAACAGCAAGGAGACGGCGAAGAAGGCUCCAUUCAACUUUCUACGCAUGGCCGACAAUGUGAAGACGGCGGAAGCCGAAGUGCGUCACUUCAAUCUGGACAGCGUUGUGGCUGGCAAACAGCAGGAGGUGCCCUUGCAACCGCUCCAUGUGGAGACUCCCAAUGGCAGUGCCACCGAGGAGGUGGCCAGUUCCUCGUCGGGAUCGGCCAAGUCCAAGUUCCUGCGACCCACUAGUUUGCCACUGAAACCGGGAACCUUUACACCCAAACGCCAUCAUGGCAUAACACCCACGGCCAACACACUACCACUGAUCUCGCCGGAAACUCCCAGGCCCUCGAAAUCCUGUGUGCAACUCUAUCUCAAUGGACAUGCGUACACCUAUUUGGGUCUCAAGUGCAGCACCAAGAUGUUCUACUGUACGGUGAACUGUCCGCAACCAUCGUAUGUGGCCGGCAUGCACAAACUGUCGAUGUACAGUGUGUGGCAGGUGUGCGAGGAGAAUCAGCCACAUCCGCUCGGAUUCAAACUGAAGCAGGUGAUGGCCCUCUAUGACUCACGUCAACGGAUGCUUGGAAAUGGUAGCUCCACCGCAAUGGCUGGUUUGGGAAAACUAAGCUACAAUCUGGUGGCCUCACAGCAGACAGUGUGCUCCACAUCGACGACGACCAGUGGCAGUGCCUUCUAUCGGGGACCCGUGAAGACGCCGCCCACGGUCACAGUGGCCGCCCUCAGCGAGGCGAAUGUGGCGGCCAAGGCGAACGAGGAGGCGCAGGCCAAGAAGCUGGAGACGAGUCCGUCGGGACAGCCGCUGGUGGGUGGCUAUGAGUCGCACGAGGACUACACGUACAUACGCGGCAGAGGAAGAGGUCGGUAUGUUUGCUCCGAGUGCGGCAUUCGCUGCAAGAAGCCAUCCAUGCUGAAGAAGCAUAUACGCACGCACACGGAUGUGAGGCCGUUUACCUGCAGCCACUGCAACUUCAGUUUCAAGACCAAGGGCAAUCUGACCAAGCACAUGCAAUCGAAGACCCACUUCAAGAAGUGCAUUGAACUGGGCAUCAAUCCGGGACCAAUGCCCCCAGAUAGCGAGUUCCUGGACGUGGACAUGGACUUUGACCAGCAGUCAUCCACUUCGGCCGGCGGACGCACUUCCUCAAUGGCCGGCGAAUCCGAUUCCGAUGACUACAGCGACAAUGAAUCGGAAAGUAGUGAUACAGAUGAAUCCAAGUCGCGCUUGAAAGAGCACGAGGCAGCCAGGGGUCUGCUGUCGCUAUCGAUGACGCCGCCCAUUCCGCAGAGUGUGUCGCCCUAUCCGCAGCUGCAGGACACCCCUCUACCGGCGGCCAGUCCGGCCAACAGCAUUGGCUCCUCGGGUUCACUGCCCAAGCGAUUGGUGUGCUCCUUUACGUCACCCAAGCCACCGUUUGACUACCAGAAGCAGGAACAGUAUUACUCCAAUCCGGAGGAGUCCAAGCCCAAGCGCAGCGUGGCCAGCGAGGAGAGUGCCCCCAUGGAUCUCACUCUCACCAAGCCGCGUGGACCGAUGGCCGCCAUCUCGCCAUCGCCAGUUCAUCAGCCAGGAACUGCCGUCCAGGAACUGCCCAAAUCGCAGGCUCAGCAGAUGCACGACGUGAUCUUUGGCAGCUCUGGCAACGCGAGCGGCUUCAUGAAGACCCUGAUCUCGGUGUCGGACAAGGUGCGCAUCUCCGCCGAAAUGGAGGAGCAGGCCAAGCACGAGGCCGAGGGUGAGGAUGUCCAGCUGCAGACCUACAUCAAGGAGCAUGCUCUGCACCAGGCCAAGAUCAAGCAGAGCCAGUUCAGUCGCAGCUAUCUGAUGAAUACUUUGUACUCCACUGCCUCGCCCGUAAUCAGCAGUAGCAGCAAUCUAUUUACCAGCAGCAGCAGCAGUGGCAGCGGCAGCGGCAGCAGCAGCAACAGACCCGUCAUGAGCAUAAACGAGGUGCCCAGCAUUGAAGUGCACGAAGUUAAGACUCCGGAAGCCACAGAGCUGCCAACGAUAGCUCCUGUCAUCCCGCCAGCUACAUCAACUCCAAAUCCUGUAAAGCUUAACCAAGAGGAAAGCGAGGAGAACGAGGGACAAUCGGAUCAGGAGAAGCCCAACAUUGUGGAGCCGCAUAAUGCCAAUUUGCCCGCUGCAGUGCAGCAACCGGAUGCCAAUGAUUUCAGCGGAGUGCUGGGAAAUCCACCGCCAUCAGCUGUGGCUGUAAGUGUGCCUGCCACAGUGACUACCUCAACGGCUUCCGCUGUGGCAACCACUUCAACCGCCUCCGCCUCCGCCAACUCAACGCAGCCCACGCAGCGCACUGUGAUUGUGGGCGAAGAUGGCUUUAAGAACUCCACACCCAGCAGCAAGAGCAGUGAUCUCCAGCAUGUGUCCUACGGCCGGGGAGUGCCGCCAGCGCCCAUUGCCAGCGAUGCGCGACCCACGUGCACCAUCUGCGCCAAGACCUUCCAGCGGCAGCAUCAGCUAACCCUGCACAUGAACAUCCAUUACAUGGAGCGCAAGUUCAAGUGCGAACCGUGCAGCAUCUCCUUCCGGACACAGGGUCAUCUGCAGAAGCACGAACGAUCCGAGGCACACAAGAACAAGGUGAUGAUGACGUCCACGUUUGGCGUUCCGACCACCUCCAAUCCGCGACCCUUCGAGUGCACCGACUGCAAGAUUGCCUUCCGCAUCCACGGCCAUUUGGCCAAGCAUCUGCGGUCCAAGACGCACGUUCAGAAGCUCGAGUGCCUGCAGAAGCUGCCAUUUGGAACGUACGCCGAAAUCGAGCGGGCUGGGAUAAGUCUCACUGAGAUCGACACCAGUGACUGCGAGAAUUCCUUGAUUUCCCUCAAGUUGCUGGCCCAGAAACUGCUGGAGAAGGAUCCCAACAAGCUGAGUGGCUACACCACGCCCUCCGGCAUGAUGCAGUUGGCCCAGGACGCCACCGGUCCCGUCUCGCAGGAUAGCGCUUCCGAAGAUGGCUUCAGUGCGGCCAUAGCCUCGGCCAUAGCAUCGCUGGACAACGACAGUGCGGGGAAUACCCCGAAAAGGGCAAGUUCCAUGUCCGAAGACGAAACGGUGGGCAAUGGCCUGAAUCACAGUCUCAAGCGACGAUUGCCGGGCAGUUUCAGCAGCACAGGCGAGGAGAGCGAUAAUCCACCAGAGGGAAGUGGCGGCGAAAAGCGGGCUCGUUCUGGCCAGGAUCUACCUGUUCCUGUGCCCGUUCCCGUUGCUGUUCCCGUUCCCGUUGCUGUUCCCGUUCCCGUGGCUGCAUCGGCGGCGGCCAGCAACUGACAGUACAUGUACAUGCUGCAGCCCAGCUGAGGCUAUCAGUAUCCAGCGGCGGUCUACCACCUGGACACCAUCAGUCACCAUCAGUAUGCCGCCCCGGUCUACAAUUCCAGGAGCGAGGGCCGCCAUCAUCAUGACCAAACCACCUCCAACGAGCGCAUAUCAAAUGUCUAAGCAUAUCGCAUUUGGGCACACACACAAACACAAACACACACACACACACACAACUUACUCUAGAGCUAGCCUAUAAGACCUCGCCAAUAAUGUUGGGCUAAUCGCGGAUCGUAAUCAAACGAUGUGGGAGAGCCAGAUAGGCGAGUCAGCUAUUCCAGUGUGAACACUCUAAUGGGGAACGGCAACUGCCCAGAAAGAAUCUUAUACAAAGCAACAGGCAGUCAUUCAUCCCCCUCUUUAGUAUUUAGUUUAAGGAAUCGUCAUCAGCUAGCCCUAGUUAUAAGCCAACCAACCAACCAACCAAUCAACCAAGCAAGCGCACUCACACGUAUAAAUCUAUAUACAUUAUAUACACUAAACUAUAGUAUGUUUUCGAAAUGCAUUAAUGCAAAAAAAAAAAAAAAAAACUCCUGAGGUGCUGUGAGUCUAUCUACAAAUGUAAAAGUGUGUUAUUUUUAAGGCCUAGCCCCGAUAUUGAAUCAGAACGAACGCCUACACUGAGUUGUAUUGUAUUGGUUUUCCAAGACCAAGUCCAAAUCCAAAUCCAAAUCAAAUCAAAUCACGUAGUUCUUCCUUAUUUCGAAAUUGUUAUCACACACACCAGAAGUUAGAAAGAGCAACUGAAAUCGGUGAAUGAGAAACGAUAACUAGUUUUGUUUUAGUUUUUAAAACGACGAGACCACGAGACUCUUUUAAUUGUUUGUUUUAAUUUUGUAUUUGGCAGAAGAGAAACGAAAUGAUGAAGAAUAGCUAACUGUAAAUAAUCAAUAUGUUGUCAUAUAUGCAUUAAGCGGUAGGUUAGUCAAACAAACUACACAAAGUUGAUAGAUAUAAAUGAAAAUUAUUGUACAAACUGCUAUGGCAAGAGCUGCAGCAACGUAUAUAUAUACACAUAGAUAUAUAUCCAUAUAUAUUUGAAUGUAUGUAUGUGGUUAAACAACAAGAAAAUGAAGUGAUCUAUUA